AUGCGAUCAGACAAGGCUGAGAUCAUGGCUGCGAUCAAUUGUGUAAUCGGCAAAACCCUGACUACGUACAAGCAUCGCUCAUCGGUCCACACACACUCUCUCUCCCUCUCUCUCCCUCUCUCUCUCUCUCUCUCUCUCUCUCUCUCUCUCUCUCUCUCUUCACAACUCGCAUCAAGCCGAAUUCAAUUUCGCGAUGAAGGCAACAUGACAAGGCGCUCAUAUCAGAGUUACAUCUCCCCUCUCUCUCUUCAUCUCUCUCUCUCUCUCUCUCUUUUUCUCUCUCUCUCUCUCUCUCUCUCUCUUCAUCUCUCUCUCUCUCUCUCUUUUUCUCCUCUCUCUCUCUCUCUCUCUCUCUCUCUCUCUCUCUCUCUCUCUCUCUCUCUCUCUCUCUCUCUUCUCUGUGUUUUUCUUGUGGCGCUGAUGGUGUCUGGUCUGCUUGAUCGCUGCCUGGUAUCACACAAGAAUCCUUUCCCCCGCGACAUGCGUGGCUCCGGGGCUCGGCUGUCCGCCAGUACACUGCUGCCCAAGGCUACCAAAAGCAGCCGGGCAGCUACAGUCGUGACCAUAGCCUCCCCGCUGGGGCCCGCCCCCAGCCCCAGCCCUACACCCGUCCUAACCAAUCUUCUUCCACAAACCGAAGACCUCAACGUGGCCUUGCCAGUACGUGGCCCAGAUUCGGUGCCCUCGGCGACCCACCCGACCCGAACAAGCGCCAAAGCCAAUGCUGCAGAUGCCAAGUCUGAUCCGAUCGACACCAAGCCAAACUCGGCCAACCCCAAGCUCAAGACCUCGGAUAUCAAGACCAAACCCAAGGCCCAAAAGGCCCGCUCACCCAAGCACUCCUCACCAGACGUCGAGCCUAAAUCUAAAAAUGACAUUCGCGGAGGUCAGCCCUCCAAAAAUCCAUCCCAAGGCAAUCGACCAGCCCCACGGCGCGUCCCCAGCACCACCAGCCCCCUCUCCUCGCCCGCAACCACGAAAUUUCACGCAGAGAGCCCGACCACACCGACAUCCCGGCUUUCCACUCCAACUCCCAAUGGCCGCCGUCGCACAGAAGACACAACCGGACCUACUGGGCGCAGCCCACCCCGCCGCUCACCGGCACAGAGACAUGGUGCACUCGUACAGCGCUUCCGCCGCAUGCUGCGAAAUGAGAUUGAAGAGGACCGACGCUCCAUUUGGGCCCAUGCCCGGCAGUUGGACAAAGCGCGUGCCGCAAAAAUAGAGUCCACCUCCGCCCUGGAACGCGCACACCUGGCGCAGCUGCAAGCGUUGCGCCAGGAUCUGCUCGAGUACCAAGCUCUCUCACAACAAGACCCCAAGGAAGACGACAGCGAUGUCGUCUCGCGGCUCGAGACUCAGCUCGCCUCUCUGCAAGACGAAUACCGCACCACCCAUGCGGCUUUCUUGCGUCACCAGGAGGAGCUACAACGACAGGAAGAAGAACGCCACAUGGCUGAGCAGGAGGAGAGUGACGAUGACGAAGAUUCACAGUUGCCUGAUGGCCCGAACAACCUGGCCCAGCUCCACAAACAGCGUCUUGCACAGAUUGCGCCCGAUGGUCACAGCUCUCAGCUCUCGCAAACAUCAGGAAUGACCGCUGCCACCAGCACAGAAGCAUCAGAUAACGAGGAUGAACCCCUUCUCGGCACGAAUCGCCGCCGCCCUGCCCGCCGUGCAGCAGUUCAGGCCGCCGCCCGCCGUACAACCACGCGCAGCCAAAGUGCGGCCUCAGAAGAGCCCUCUGGACGAGCCAGCACACGAUUGCACCGCAGCAGUGAACGCCUCUCGCGCAAUGCUUCCCAACUCGAUGAUGACACGGCUGACCUCUUCUCCAAUGAAGCUUCGCAAGACGGUGUGGGCGAUGAUGGGGAUGAUCGCGGCAAUGAUACAGCUUCGUCUCCAAAGCCCCUGCGCUCAUCGCGCUCACGGUCCGAAGCUGCUGUACCUCGGCCUCGACCCACCCGUCGCUUGAGUGGUGACUUUGCCAGCAGCCGGCCCCCCACCGCCGAGCACGACACGAGCCUCGACCACACCGAUGUGCCCAGUUCGGCUGAGGGUCAACCAGAUGAUAGCAAGCAGGAAAACGACCUCAUGGCGCAGGCGCGAGCCGCCGGCAAGCGCGCUCGUCGCCAGCGCAGCCUUAGCGAUAGCGCAAGCUCAAACAAUGAUGGCGUGCCACCUCCGGAGAAAGUGAUACGCAAUGGAACGAAAUAUUUCAUUUGUCAAGUUUGCCAGCGCGAAUUCUCCCAUCCUCCCGCCUACUCGCAGCAUGCCCGCUCGCACUCGCGCAGCACAACCAACUUCCCCUCGCAAAGUGCCUCGCCCACCAAGAAACGUGCCAAGGAUGACCUGGAUGCCUCCCGCGAUGCGGAUCUCGACGCAGACUUGGACCCGAUUGAUGCCGAGUCAAACGAGACCUCACGCAGUGAUGAUGCCAGGUGA